UUCCUGUUAUCGAGUCUGUGCUUUUCUUACGCGGACGCUGCGGAGGAGCCAACAAAGUAUAAGUUUAAUUAAGUUAAUUCUGGAAAAGGGUAGGGUUUUGAGAAACACUCACAUACAUCAGUCGUUAUUUUAUUUAUGUCGUUUGUUAUCUUGUUCGUUAUUCGCUAAAAUUUUAUGGAAACCCACCCCAGACUGUUGUCUUGAGUACUGCAGGUCAUCAACUAUGGGACCGAAAUUUAAGAGAUCUCUUGAAGGUGGACUACGUUUCAUCGACUACCUUGAGGGGUCCGAUGAAAACUGGGGAAAUGACAAAAAACAGCUGAAAGAAAUCUACAACAAGGACUUUAGAAACAGGCAUGAAGUCAGUUAUCCGAAUUUCUCAAGUGUUCUUUAUGCUCUGGUGAGGUCCCGGAAAGCUACUGUGCGUGGAGACUGGGUGCACUUGGUGGUCCCGAACCAAAGGAGGAGACCCUACGGGCAGAAUCAGCCCCGCAGUGCGCCUAGAGGACGUGAUGUCUCUCAACCAACAUGCAGUGGUGAAGUGGUUCCUGUUUUGCUGGAUCUGGACCAGAGAAGCGGGUACCUCCUUCACGACCAAGAGAGCAUUAAGAUCACUUCAGACGACGAGAUCGUGGAUGGCAAGAUUGAGUUUGCUUUCUGCGAUCUCCAAACGGCGUGCACUGUCAAGCUGGUUAUUAACAACAUAAGCACAAGCUUGGUGCAUCUCACCGCAAUCAGCAUUUCACAAAGGAUACAUUGUUACAAGCUUACAGACGGGUCUAAGGUGACUUGUCCUCUACAGCUUAAUCCAGAAGGCAUCCAUGAAGUUUGGGUUGAAUUUCAGUCUGACCACUAUGGUGCCACUCAAGCCACUUUGGACUUUGAGUUCCAGAGGGACCCUCUUGGAAGUGCCCAGCCUUUUCGGGUCACUCGCUUGUUAGAGGCUAAUUACCAGGGUCCUCUGACAGCAGACCUGGGACCCAUUGCACCCUACAAACCCGUGCAGCUCCCUAAACAAAGCGAUGUGGAGUCUAGGGAGGUAGAAGGGGUGAAACCAGACAGGUCGGAUGAGAAUAAGUUGAAAACAGUUGCGGAAUUACAUGACUAUCCGUGCCCCAAGAACCUGUCAGAACUGGAAAAAUUCCUGAAUCAAAAGCGAUUCAUAUCAAGUGGGUCAAGUACAUUUCAGACCAGCAAGUCUAUUCUGCAGAGGUCCCUCAACUUCCAGAACUACUCACAGCGCUUCAAGCUCCUGCUUCACCUGGAGGAGCAUCAGAUGAUGAAAGACAUCAUGAAGUACAGCAUGGAGAAUGUAACCAUGACCCAGGACAGAAACAAAACAAACCUUCUUGUUCUUGAUGUCCCAGGUUUGGCUGAAAACAGACCCUCUCUUCUGAGGGGUGAUUGCAUUUUGGCAUCCAAAGCAGAAAACAACGGGCCUCUCAUUAAGUACAGGGGCUAUGUGCAUGUGGUGGAACUUAAUAAAGUUCUCCUGGGGUUCUCCGAGAAGCUGCUGCGGAGCUUCAUCAUCAACAUGAAGUUCAACGUGCAGUUUACCAUCAGCCGCCUGCUGCUGCGCUUGCAGCACCGUGCAGUGCACCUAGCAGUGCUGACCAACUUGGAAAAGGUGCUCUUCCCCACAGGAUAUGCAUCAGAGAAUGUGCCCCCCCUUUCCCUAAGGUUAAUUGACAAAAAGUUAGAGAGUAAUGAAAAGCAGCGUUCUGCAGUCGAGCACAUUGUGUCUGGGUCGUCCCGGCCAGCACCCUACCUCGUGUUUGGACCUCCUGGAACCGGCAAGACCGUUACCCUAGUUGAAGCCAUCAAACAGGUGGGGAAAAACAAGUCUGCGCGCAUUCUCGCCUGCGCCCCCAGCAAUAGUGCUGCAGACCUGCUCUGCGAGCGUAUACUGGGGGAUCACGUGGAACGCCGCAAUGUGUACCGUCUGUACGCCAGCUGCGUGGACCCAAAAAACAUACCGAACAGGCUACUGGAAUGCUGUAACUUCGAAAAUGGUGGAUUUGUGUUCCCUUCCAAGGAGAAACUUAUGAACUACAACAUCCUGGUCACCACACUAUACACUGCUGGACGAUUUGUGACCGGAGGCUUUCCCAUGAAGCACUUCACCUACAUUUUUGUGGAUGAGGCUGGUCAUGCCACCGAGCCAGAGACCAUCAUUAGCAUAGCAGGACUCCUUCAGGCAGAGACUGGGCAGGUGGUCCUGGCGGGGGACCCCAAGCAGCUGGGUCCCAUUAUAAGGUCCUCACUGGCCAUUAAGUAUGGAUUAGGCAUGUCCCUACUGGAGAGACUGAUGUCGCACAUUCAACUAUACAAGAAGAAUUCUGAAAUGCAGUUUGAUGACCGCUGUGUCACUAAGUUGGUGAAGAACUACAGGUCCCAUCCAGCCAUACUCAAGAUCCCAAAUGAGCUCUUUUAUGAUGGUGAGCUGCAGGCGCAUGCCAACGAGAUUCUACGCAAUUCCUAUUGCAACUGGGAGCACCUUCGCAAAAGGGAUUUUCCUAUCAUAUUCGACGGAGUAACAGGGAAAGAACAAAGAGAGCAAAACAGCCCAUCUUUCUUCAAUGUGACUGAGGUCGAAAUCAUUGUGAAAUACCUGAAGAAGCUAUUUGAGACUCAAGCCAAAAAGGGUUUGCAAACCCUGUCACCCAAGGACAUUGGCAUCAUUGCACCAUACAGGAAACAGGUCCAGAAAAUCAAAAGGGCCAUCACAGUGACUGACAGGGAGCUGAGCAAGCUGAAGGACAUCAAAGAUCUUAAGGUCGGCUCAGUGGAGGAGUUUCAAGGCCAGGAGCGCAAGGUGAUCAUGAUAUCCACUGUGCGCAGUGACACCAACCACAUCAAGAUGGAUCAUGAAUUCCAAAUUGGCUUCCUUAGUAAUGAGAAGAGGUUCAAUGUGGCUGUAACCAGGGCCAAAGCUCUCUUGAUUGUGGUGGGCAAUCCUAUCGUUCUCAACAAGGACCCCAUUUGGAAACGAUUCAUCCAGUACUGCACUGAUGAACACGGGUACAUUGGAGUUAAAUACUGGGAGUCAAAGAGUGAAGUCUUAUAUAUUGGAGCAGACCUGGGAGAAGAUGAAACAGAGGAGAGUGCCAUCCAGCGGUACGUGGACCCACCGUUUAGGAGGGAGGAGUGAACCAGCAGAUCUCAUACACUGGCUUAUUGAAUAUUGUCCAGGAUUUUGAAGGGAUACUAAUAAUUCAAUUGCUACCAUAGUUUACACAGAACUUUUGCCAUCGAUAUUUAACUAUUAGACAGGAUAUCUGCAAAUUCUUCUUUUUCAGUUGUUCAAAGGAAUACAGCAAUCUUCAUAACUAGUACACAUUUAUUUUGAAAGUUUUUUUUCCCAUUUUGUCAUUUUCUGCAUUUUAUAAAAACUAGAAAAUAUGUUAGAACAGCUACAAUGCAUUCCUUGGUCACCCCCUCACCCUGUCCAAUCCAUGCUCCUCACCCCCCCCCCAGCUUCUUCAAUUUCUAGAAUUACUGGAUAGAUGAACUGGAAGCAUAAAAGCCAAUUCAUUUACCUGAA